CAACUGCUCAUCUCAGACUAGGAUCGAAAACCCUUCGUCGUAAAGGCGAGAAGCUUAUAAUAUCUUAUAUGUACUGUCCUAGCGACCGAUUGCCCUCACGUGUACUCAAGUCUCCUCAAACAUCUUGACCUCCACAUCCUCCGUCAUGUCCCUCUCACCAGCCAUUCGAAUCGCGAGAACGGCUGCUCAGCGGUCGACCUCAUUGUUACAUGCCAUUCAAUAUACCCAUCCACCGAACUGUCCUUGCCAUUCCAACCCAAACCAUCACCAUGCUCCUGCUGUGUUCGGUGAAGCAAGAAGGCGACUGGCCAUGCCGGUCGAUUACUCGCGCCAAAAAGAUUACGCUUUUGAGAUGGCAGCCAGCUCCAUCCGGUUUGGACCAGGCAGCACAAAAGAAGUUGGCAUGGACAUGACAAAUAUGGGUGCCAAGCGGGUUUGCGUCGUGACUGAUUCAAAUGUCGCAAAAUUGAAUGCCAUGAAGCAGACAAUUGAAGGGUUGGAGACCGAGGGCAUUGAGUACACUAUCUAUGACAAGUGUCGGGUUGAGCCCAAGGACAGCUCCAUCAAGGAUGCCAUCGCUUUCGCAAAGCCUUACCAACCAGAUGCGUUCAUCGCUGUUGGUGGUGGCUCCGUGAUUGACACGGCCAAGCUGAUGAACCUCUAUACCUGCUAUCCAGAUGCAGAUUUUCUGGACUUCGUCAAUGCUCCUUUAGGAAAAGGACUACCCAUCUCCAAGAAGUUGCUGCCUCUGGUCGCUAUACCGACGACGGCGGGAACUGGAUCGGAGACCACAGGUACGGCAAUUUUCGACCUGGUAGAGAAGCGUGCAAAGACUGGUAUUGCCCACCGCAACCUAAAGCCUACCUUGGGUAUCUGCGAUCCUCUCAACACUCGCACCAUGCCAGGGGCUGUGCAUGCCUCGUCCGGUCUGGACGUGCUCUGUCAUUCUUUAGAAUCCUGGACCGCCAUCCCCUACUAUGAGAGAACACCACGACCAACCAAUCCUAUCAACCGGCCUGCUUACCAAGGUGCGAAUCCCAUCUCUGACAUCUUCUCACUGCAAGCCUUGAAGUCAACGGUCAAGUACUUGCCACGUGCCGCCAAAGACCCGGAAGACCACGAGGCACAAAGUGAAAUGUUGCUCGCCGCAACUCUGGCCGGUGUCGGGUUCGGCAACGCGGGUGUUCAUUUAUGCCACGGCAUGAGUUAUCCUAUCAGCGGACAAAAUCCCGGGUAUAAACAUUCGGGGUACCAAAUUGAAACUCCGAUAAUUCCUCACGGUGUCAGUGUCGCAGUCACGUCUCCAGCAGUCUUCAGAUUCACGGGAGCCAGCAACCCUGAUCGACAUUUGGCGGCGGCUGAAUGCUUCGGAGUGGACAUCUCGAACGUCAAGAAAGAAAGCGCGGGCGAAGUGCUCGGCGAAGCGUUGGCCGACUUCCUGGUUAAACUUGGAGACCAGCCGCGGGGUUUGAAGCCUCUAGGCUUCACCAAGGAUCAUAUUGAUGGCUUGGUAGAAGGAACGCUCCCGCAGAGAAGAGUGCUGAUGCUGGCACCCAACCUUAGCGAAGAGGUUAAUCAAGAACGGGAACAGCUGAGAGGACUGUUUGAGGAGGCUUUGGAAUACUAGCGAAACCCAAACUGUGGUCUCGGUUGGUGUGUUGGGUCUGUUUGCUCUGUUUGCACGACGUUUCCCCGUGGAGAGAAAAUCGCGGGGCAAUAUGUAUGGAGGCCUCAUUCCCUUGCGACUUCGGCUCCCCACAGCCCUCUCACGGUCAUCUUGCAGUUGCACAAAAGCGAUAUUGGACGAAUCAUCUAUCGGCUAUCUCUGUACUGUACCUCUUUAGCAUUUUCUGCCGACAAC